AUGGUCAGCACUCGUGCUUCUUCCUCUCGCGCCGGCAGCGCCGCGCCUGAAACGCCUGCUACUCCGAGCUCGCCUUCGCGCUCCAAGCGCUCUUCAGGCAAUGCCGCUUCGUCGUCUGGCUUCCAGCACAACCCUACCUUCUGGACCAUGCUGUGGAUGGGCAUCUCUCUGCCUUUGGUCAUCUGGGACACCAUCUACGUUCUAGGUCGUCCCCACACCAUGGAGGGUGGCUGGAUGCACAAGCCCUUCUGGGCUCCCUAUAAGCUCUACGGCGAAGUCGAUCAUGUCUACGGCUGGAAGGCCUUCAAUGCUGGCAACGGAUUCACCUCCGCACAGGGCGCCCUCAACGCCAUUGAGACUGCCAUGUACUUCUACUACCUUGCCGCCUUCUACAACCUGUCUGGCGUCAAGGCUGCUGUUUCCAGCCGCACUGCUUCUGUCGCCGCUAUUGUCGGCUUCAGCGCUGCUGUCAUGACUCUCAGCAAGACUCUUCUCUACUGGCUCAACGAAUACUACAGCGGUUUCGACAACAUUGGCCACAACGACCUCCUCAGCCUCAUCUUCCUCUGGAUCAUUCCCAAUGGUGCUUGGCUCGUCGGUUCUACCUACAUGAUUGUCUCCUUGGGACAGGAGAUUGUUGAUGGUCUUGCUGGCCAUGCUAAGAGCGACUAA